AUGGCUCAACAUUUUAAACCAACCAUCGACGCAGACGUCGUCAAGGUCUUUGUCCUAGAGACUGACCAACCUCAUCCCAACACUCAGGCCGAGAAAGGGUCCUUUGGCCAGAUUCUGCAUCAUCACUUUUGUAAGGCUGGUGCUGAUCAUCAUCCUCCCCUUGGUGUUGAGACGGAGCAGGUCUUUGUCGUGACUGAAGAGGGUGGUCGGAUGCCCAAGGUUGAGGAGUUUGACCUAUACGAUGGACUACUCAUCACGGGGAGUAUGUAUGACGCCUACGGUGAUAAUCCUUGGAUUUUGGAAUUGCUGGACCUCUUGAAACAACUAUGGACAAAACGCCCCGACUUCCACUUCACGGGCGUCUGCUUCGGCCACCAGCUCCUCUCACGCCUCCUCGGCGGCAAAGUCGGUCCCUCGCCCACAAACGACUGGGAGCUGGGCCACAAUGCCAUCACACUCACGCCCGUGGGCAAGAGGCUUUUCCGCACUCACGACGACGAGGUGUAUCUCCACCAGAUGCACCAAGACCAAGUUCUUGAGCCCCCGACCCCGAGCAAGUCCAACGGUCUCCUCGAUCCAGAUGUUGAUGUGCAUGUCUGGGGGAAGAGUGAGCACACUGCUGUUCAGGGACUGUACAUCCCGAAUAGGUUGUUUACGACGCAGGCGCAUCUUGCUUUUGAUGAGGACAUGGUGAGAAGGCAGAUUCAGAUGAGGGUGGACAGAGGAGGAAUUCAAGAUCUGGAGCAUGCGGAUCAGGCGGCUGAGACGGCGCAUCUCGAACAUGACGGAGUAGAAGUUGCUGCGGCGAUUCUUAGAUUGUUUAGAUAUGAUGAUGAUGGAAUGGAGUGGUAG